AUGCCCCAAAAGUCAGUCAACUGUGGUAUUAUAGAACACCUUGUAGAUGAAUUUACCCAGCCCAUCAAGCUCCAGAACAAUUUUAAAAAUAUAGAAAGAAAACUGAGGAACUAUACAGAGAGCUUCAAAAUCUAUCUUGGAGAUGCUGAAAAAGGCGAAACCUAUUCUCCGACUAAUCUUUCUAAGCAAGUGUUGCAUGAUAACAUGACAAAUUUUAUUGACAAGAUCAUUGGAUACCUGGAGAGAGAGGAGCAUAAAGAUGAUGGGCUGCUUUUUGCAUUACUCACCUCAUCUUGUUAUGACAUCUCACUAAGCAAAGAGGUAAUCGUCAAGGCUGAAAAAAUGUUCCAGGACAUCGGUCCAUUUCAAGGCAAAUUCAAGUAUCUGAGAGAAAAGAGCAAUUACAUUUCAACUGUGAAGAAAAUUUUCUUAUGUAAUAAAGGCAGCACCUUGUGUAUUUGGCUGAUUCCAUUGCUGUAUGCAAUCACAGAGAAUACGAAGGACCCCUUUUUUCCAGAAACCAUUCCCUCACAACACUUGUCGUCACUGAGAGAUGAUGAAGAGAAGCAGAGGAAAGUUCUGGUGAUGAUAGAGAUUCAGAAGUCAUUCAUUGAAAGCUGCUCUCCACUGGCAAAGACGGUCUUGGAGAUGUUGGCACUGAAGAAUUUCACCAAGAAGCCCCUGCUCCAAAUCAAGUUUCCACCUCAUCUCCUCCUGGAUACAGUAUAUCAACGCAUCGUUGAAGCUGUCAGUAAACCAUCCCAAGUGCAUGAAAAGAAUUUGAAUGGAGUUCUGAACAACAUUGCUGAAAGGAUGAAAUUCUGGUUCAAGGACUUAUGCCUGCCAGGGGGUACGGAGCAGCUGACAAAGCCCACCAGUAAUAAGGAAGAUGCCUUACAGUGUCUGGAUUUAACAUAUGCGUUGCUUUUAUUUUGCUUAAAACACUGGCAUGCAGUGCCAUUUAGCCUGAUCAUGUCACUGCUACAGAUGCUUGACAUGUUUGCUGAAAAAUCAAAUGUGUUGCGAGCAAAUCAGGAAUUUCAGCAGUUUAUCUCAGACAGGUUCGAUGAGUUUGAAGGUCACAUCAAGGAGUGGCUGGAAAAAUCCUUUCUCAGGCCACCCAUGGAAAAUAGACAGUUCCUGGAAAACAUCAAUCUGUGGAACGAGCUGUUCUUGCUUAAGAUCCUCUGUGUGGAAUGGGCCGAGAAAUGGCAAAGCCUGAUAUACAGCAUGGUUGAAAGGUGGCUGGAGAAAGUAGAUGGCAGAAAACUUCUGGACUUUUAUUUGGAAUUCAUGAAAAAGGACAAGUGCUGGAAUAAAAAUCUGGAGACCUGCUUUACAGAUUGUGUCAUUCAAAGGAUUAAAUACUUUGAGAAAAGUGAGGAGCCUAUGUUAGGAAAAAUGGUUUCCAAAGUCCUCAAGACAGAAAGGUCAACUGGUGGGAAAGUGCUUUCUGCUGUUGUUGAAAAAAUAUUCUCAGACAAGAUGAGCACAUUGGAAAAAGUAAACAGAUUUGUCGACACCACGGGCCCAGUUCUCGAAGAGGUGCUCAGCUCUUCUGUGAUCUGUGAUCUCCUCUUCACUUAUCCCACUGUCUCCAGCUGUAUAGCAACAGUGUUGGAAACCAGAAUGGAGGAAUAUAUCCAAUUUGAAGAGCAGAAGAAGCAGAGAUGCUCAUUUUUGAGUCUAUGCAGCAGCAUAGAGGAUGUGAUAAGAGUGGAUAUGAGUGCUGUGAAGAAAAGCAUCGGAGAAAAAGGAAUUUUUAAGGAUCAGAUGUCUGUAAGCAAAUUUUCGGUGAAUGACUUUUCCAUCACCCUUGGGACUCUGCAGAGCUGUUUUGAGAAGCAGUUAGCAAAUGAGAGUCAACUCACGAAGGAGUUUGAAAUUAUGGAGAUGAGCGAAGGGAAAGGGAAUGGAAAAGCUGCCUGGGUAGAUGCUGCAGUGGAGAAGAUUAAAAACUACCUGAAUCUGUCUACAGUAGUGAACACUGCCAAGAUGAUUGAUGAACUGAGGAAGAAACUUGAGCUUAAUGGAAAUUUUCAGAUUCUCAACGACCUUACAAAAUAUGAAGGGCCAGAAUUCAGGAAUAAGAGACUUGAUUAUAUGACCCAGGACAUAAUGAAGGUGCAGACUAGUUUGAUCAACCUUCCACAAGAGAUGCUUGACUUCUUGAGGGAACUUCUUGAAUGCACAAGGAAAGGCUUUGUCUCCUGGAUCAAAACUAUAAUAAAAGACAAAAGGGAAAUCCCUGUAUUUGUGGAGCUGGCAUCAAUUUUUGCAGGUGAAAAUGACAUGGAUAUUGACAAAGUGAGGUUCUUCCGUGAUGCUAUGGCUGCUUCAGCACCCAUUAUAUUUGACCUGGGACCCACAUCUGAUUUUGAACAGUUCUUUUCAGCCCUGUCAUUCAUCAGUGAAGCCACUGCAAAAGACAGUAAUCUGUCCAAGAAAUUGAAAGAUACUUGUGGUAACAGAGCGUGGAUACAAAUGGUUCAUGAAUCUCAUGGCUCCAUAGAGUGUUCCUCAAUCUCUCAAGCCAGUGAUAUCAACAGCAGAGGGAUGUUUGUCAUCUCACCACCUCAAAAUUUCAAGCCUGCCCUUGAGGAUUGUGUUUCAGUGCUACUGCUGAAGGACACCACAGAGGAAGAAUCUCAGACAGACCAGAAGGCUGAAGAAUACAGCCUAGCUCAGCUCACAGAGCUCCAGAACAAGCUUAUGUUGGUCACUACAAAAGCUGAGCAAGGGAAAGAGGAGGCAGACCGCUUCCUGCAGAUCCUGGAAAAGGUUGAAAUGGUUGGAAAGUUGUACCUGCAGCUUCUCAGAGUUGGCAAUAUCCUCUUCAUAAACUGGAAGGCUGAAAUCUACUGCAAUCCUCAACACAGAGUAAAAGUUUACACAGAAUUUGGAAUUGCUGACAUCCUCGUUCAGAGUACCAGACCUGUCCUGGAGGAGCUGGAUGGCCUUUGCAAAGCAAUGGAGAACUGCCUAGUAGAGUGGAAGAAAUAUCUGGAGACUCAAAGGAACACCUACUAUCAUCUCAACCUGUUCACUUCACACCAGCUCUUCUAUUUAUGUAGCCAACUGGCCAAAGCCCACAAUAGUGUAAUAGAGCCACAGAUUCUUAAUAUGCUUUCUGUCAUAAAGCAUGACAUUAAAGCAGAAGAUAUUACAAAUGCCCUGGAGCAAGCCCUCAUUACUCCACUUGACUCUGUUAACGCAUCAGCAGGAGACAAGGAGUCUGUUACCUGGCAUGACUAUGUAAUUCGUUUUCCCCAACUCAUCAAAAGUCUAGCUGAAUCUGGCUAUGACACGUCAGUAGCAAAGGCAGCCCUACAGAGCUGCCUUCCAGAUUCUGACAUUACAGAGCAGAAGCUCAUGAAUUUUGCUUUUGAACGAGGUGAUGACAAGGAAGAGGUUGAAAAUCUGAGCAAAUUAUAUGAUGAGCAGAGAGAAGCCUUUCUGCAGAAGUCAAGUAAGUUUAAAAACAAGAACAGAGGUGUUGACCAGGCAUCUUUUAGCACCCUUGCAAAAGAUGAAUUGGCCACCUCCUUUGAGAGUUUGCCAUCCAUCUGUGACAAGGUGAAUCUGCUCUGGGAUGCUUACUGUAAAAAAUUCACUGGCCUUGUGUCAGACAAAUACAUCAGCCUGGAUGUCUUUGGUGAAACACUGAAGCAAUUAGCAGCUCUUGAAACCACAUGUAUCAAGAGAAGUUUACCAGUAGGACUUGAAGCCAGGAAACCUUCUCUCAUCACAUGUAAAGAAGAGGAAAUGUUACUCUACAUGCUCUCCAUUUACAGACACACUGAGACAGCACCUCUCCCAACGUAUGAUGAGGUCCUGGUGUGCACACCUGACACAGAGGAGGAAGAAGUGGAGCUGAUUGUUAGGAGAGCUCUUUCACCUAAUUCUCAAAACCAGAAAAUCUACUGUUUGCUGGGUGCUGAGAAAUUAGCGUACAAAGUUUCCAAACAAUUGGAGUCCCACUUCUUCCGCUUGCUGCAAUCUUCUACAGUCUCUGACUACAGGUUCAUUAUCUUUUGCAAUGCCAAGGCUCACAAUUCUUAUGUCAUCACAGCCUUCGACACCUACAAAGUUACUAUCCCAUGCUACUCUAAGACAGAAAUCCAGGCAUACCUGAGCACCCAUCUCAAAGUGCCUUGUGGGACAGCCCCUGUUGCUCAGGCCUUUGAAGAGCCCUAUCAGCAGAAUGUGAAGUUCGUAUUUUCAACUCGAGCAGGAAUGGGGAAGUCUCUCUUCGUGGACAAUACCAUCCAAAAGAUCCAUGCCCAGCUGGGUGGUUUACCAGUGGUUCACAAAACCAUUAGACUGAUGGAGUCAGAGAUUGACUUCCAGUUACUUCUGGAGGAGCUACUCUCUGCUGAAGAAUUCCCAACUGAAUCUCAGCCCGCCGUCUUCCAUAUUGAUGUGUCACCAGUGGUUUCAACAGGUCUCUACAGGUUGCUGAUUGAGCUAUGCAUCCUAAGACACAUCCAGAGUCCCAGUGGCUCAGUCUGGAAGUGCAAAUCUUCUCAUCUUUACCUGAUUGAGUACCUGGAAAAAGGGAAAGAUGUUAGCAGAACAUGGAAACAAGAGAUGUCCAGUGAAACAGAAGAAGAGUUCCUGGAUCUUUUUCCUGCAGUGAAAUGUGUAUCACCAAUGCGGGUACUUGACUUGCUGGAACACCCCAGCUCUGGUCGUCUUUCUGAAAUGAAAGAGGAGCACUUUGACCAAGACAAGUUGAAGACUGAAGCUUUCCAGAGGACUUACCAAUACCUCAUCAGAUAUAAGAGGAAGGAAAACCUUGACCAUUUCAUUUUCAUCCCUAAGAGAACUGAAGGGACAGAGAAAGAGUGCCUGAAGCUCUUACUGGAUUUCUGUGGGAAACACAACCCUUCUUGGACUGAGCUUAGCAACUUCACUCAUUUCCUAAACUUCCAGCUAAGCAAAUGUGAGAAAUCGGUUUUCUGUAGCCCAGCAGCUGGAGAGGAUUUCCAGGGGUUUAAAACAUUUGUAGUAAAGUUCAUGAUCAUGAUGUCCAAGGACUUUGCUGUGCCCUCUCUUGACAUCUCUGAUGAAAGUGUGCCAAGUGCAGAAAAUGAUGAUGAGGAAAACAAUAUUAUGACCCAGUACCAGCUAAGACGAAAAUGGGAACAAGAGUCCCACCCCUAUAUAGUCUUCCAUGCAGACAAUGACUCCAUGGAAUUCCUGGGUUUCCACAUUAGUGAAAAUCUGGAUGCUAUUGAUGCCUAUUCCAAAGCUGUUUUGGAAAAGGACGUUAUCAAAUGUAAAUUAUACCUCACUUUGAAAGUCCAGAAUGUUCCUUUCAAUAAGAAGUUUGAAGACUUGCCCAGAAUGAUGCAGCUGGAGGCCCUCUGCAGAGUUUUUGGUGUCAGCUAUACCCAAGAUCCAGAUGAAUCAUAUCAGUUGACACUGGACAACACCAUGAAGAUGCUUGCCAUUCAUCUGAGGUUCCAGUGUGGGAUCCCUGUAAUCAUCAUGGGAGAAACAGGUUGUGGGAAGACAAAGCUUGUGCAGUUCAUGUGCAGCCUGCAAAGGGCAGGCAGGGACUUUCAGAACAUGGUGGUGGUGCGUGUCCAUGGUGGAACUACCUCCAAGACCAUCCACAAGAAAGUUAGGCAGGCAAUUGAGUUGGCACGCAUCAAUGAAGAAAAGUACAAAGUGGACACUGUACUCUUUUUUGAUGAAGCCAAUACAUCAGAAGCUAUCUUUGCAAUCAAAGAGGUGCUGUAUGAUCGCAGUGUAAAUGGAGAGAAGAUUCUCACUGACAGUUUAAAAGUAGUAGCUGCUUGCAACCCUUACAAAAGGCACACCAAGGAAACGGUAGAGAAACUUGAAAAAGCUGGCUUGGGGUAUCGAGUCCGGAGUGAAGACACCCUGGAGAAACUGGGCCACAUUCCUUUGCGGCAACUGGUGUAUCGAGUCAAGCCCCUUCCACCUAGCUUAUUGCCUCUUGUCUGGGAUUUUGGAGAGCUGAAUGAAAAGACACAGAGCCUGUACAUCAGAGAGAUUGUAAAGUCCACCAUGAAGAACAAGAUCCCCAUUGGAAAUUUGGACAUCUUUACCAGUGUCAUUUCAGCCUCCCAGAACUUCCUCAGGAAGAAGAAAGAUGAAUGCAGAGUUGCUAGUCUUCGGGAUAUAGAGCGCUGCAUGAGCAUUGCACUCUGGUUUUAUGAAUUAAGAGACCUGCUAUUUCCUCACAUUGAUGAGAAGUACAAAAAGAAGCCAAUCUUAAAUUGUGCACAGAGGGCCUUGGUCCUUUCAGUGGGAGCAUGCUAUUAUGUAUCUCUGGAGAACCGCAAAGAUUACCUGGAGGAGGUUGCAAAAUGUUUUUCUGUUCCUGCAUCCCUGCUACAGCAAGAGAUUGAGUUUUGCCAAGAGGUAUUUCUUGACAACCUCUCUGUUCCUGAGGCAACAGCCUGCAAUGAUGCUCUGAGGGAAAACAUCUUCAUGAUAGUUGUAUGCAUGGAUUUACGAGUUCCACUCUUUCUGGUUGGGAAGCCAGGAAGCUCAAAAUCCCUGUCUAAAACCAUUGUUGUGGAUGCCAUGAAGGGCAAGCUGUCUAAAACCGAGUUGUUCCAAAGAUGCAAGGAGAUCCAGCUGUUGUCUUUUCAGUGUAGUCCCCAUUCAAAGCCAGAAGGGAUCAUCUCCACUUUCCGACAAUGUGCACAGUUCCAGAAGGAGAAGAAUCUAGAUGAGUUUGCGUCCGUGGUCCUCCUGGAUGAGGUUGGCCUCGCGGAAGACUCACCAGAGAUGCCACUGAAGACACUGCACCCUCUUCUUGAAGAUGGAUGUGUUGAUGAUGAUAACCCAGAAUCUUACCAAAAAGUUGGCUUUGUGGGCAUUUCAAACUGGGCCCUAGACCCUGCCAAAAUGAACAGGGGUCUUCUUGUAUUUCGGACUGACCCUAGCAAAGAAGAGUUAGUUAAAACUGCAAAGGGCAUCUGUGCUGCACAGCCUCCCCCUGAAAGCAUUGAGUGUUUGUUUCCUUUGCUGGCAGAAUUCUACUGCAAGGUGCUAGAAACACAAAAAAAUGAAUUCUUUGGGCUCCGUGAUUUCUAUAGCUUGAUCAAAAUGAUACUGUCCUACACUCAGGACAAGAAGUGCAUCUCUCAAAAGGAGAUAAUUAUAAAGGCCAUUCAGAGAAACUUUGGAGGCUCCAGUGAUAUCAAUCCUGUUGAGCUCUUCCGAAAAUACUUCAGUGAUGUGUACCUUCCCCCUGACUUGGAAACCAGCCACACACUUUUUCUGCUAAAGGAAAAUAUGGGCAAACAGCAGGCUGGACUUAGGUCUCGGUACCUCCUGCUGCUGACAACCAACCAGGCAGCUUUCCACAUCAUCCAGAAGACACAUCUUAUAGAUAUUGAGAAUUGUGAAAUCAUAUUUGGCUCUGGUUUUCCACAAGACCAAGAUUAUUCCCAGGUAUGCCGUUCUGUCAGCAGAGUGAAGAUCUGCAUGGAGACAGGCAGGCCUGUUAUUCUUUUAAAUAUACACAACCUUUAUGAGAGCCUUUAUGAUGUGCUCAACCAGUGCUUUGACAGGCUGGGGGGAAAUUACUAUGUGGACCUGGGUCUUGGCACUCACAGAGUGAAGAGUCGUGUGAAGGAUGAGUUCAGACUCAUUGUGAUAGAGGAGAAGAACAUAGUCUACACCCAGUUCCCCACCCCACUGCUGAACCGGCUGGAGAAGCACUGCUUAGACAUGAACACUGUUCUGAACUGGCAGCAGCAACAGCUGAAGCAGGACCUGCAGACCUGGGCCAAGCGGUUUGUCUCCAUUGACAACAACAAGUUCUCCAAUGUUUCAUCCACCAAGCUCAGCCCCAGGGAACAGGAUGUCUUCGUUGGUUUCAGCAAUGACACGUCUGCAGCUGUUGCUCUGGAGACCACACAGAACAGGUCCUGGGGAGAUCUUGAGCCAUGUGAAGAGACAGUGCUCUCCAUUGCCAAAAGGAAACUUGUUCAGUGUGCAACCCCUGACUCCAUCCUGCGCCUUAAAUACUCCCCUCUGGAUGAUGCUGAGCAGAUCCAAGACUUGUACUUCCACAAGCAGAAGCACAACAGCCUUGUUAGUGUUUUGGGAGAGACAGUUAACCGGCAGCCAAGGAAGGAGAGGACCACUGGGCUAUGCCUGCAGGUUUCUACACAUGCAAGACUUUUAAAUGAGAGAGAUUUAGAAGAGAUAAGGAAGACACUUAACCUUCAAAAUAAAAUCCACUGCCUCUUGCUAAACCAGUUUGACACCGAAUACACUUUCCGCCAGGAACUCAGGAAUUUUUUUGCACAAUCAUCAGAAGAGAAAUUGCUUCUCAUCCAGUUCCACUUUGAUGAGCCACAGAGCAGCAAAAGGCUUCUAACUUGUGCCAAGUACUGUGUCACAGAUGAGAGACGGAAAUCAACAGGCACAGGCCCAUCACAUGUUGUGCUGGCCACUCAAGUCCCACGAGUUCUGGGAGGUUGCAGCUACCUGGCAUUUGACAGUGGUGAAUGGAUGUCCAUCCACUUGGAUGAUCUGAUGCCCCCAGACAACUUUACAUCCAAUCUAGGCCAGCUCGCCAAAAUGACUAUUGCUGAGAUUUUCAUGACCACCUUCCAGGGGCAUCUCCCAACAGGUUUUCCAGAGGAAUCUGCUGCUCUUGAAGAUCCAGCCAAGUCCAGUCUUUUUCCAGAAGGAAAUCUCCUCAGCAUGGACUCUAUGAUCAAAGAGAGCAUCCAGAAAGCUGUGAUCCAGCUGGAAGACAAGAGAGACAACAGUAAGCGUGCCACUAAGAGAAUCAUGAUCAUUCACAACUUGCUUUUCCAGGAUCAUAGUAGAACCACACUGUCAAGUCAUUUCAUGAGUGUGCUGAAAAGGAGAAUUUGCUACCUUCUACAAGAACGUGAGAAAAUAAGCCUUGAGCCAAGGGAGUGGGUGUUCCGCAGAGCUGUCUCCAGUGAAUUUAUCCUUGAAGACACUUCAUUCAGGCAUGCACUUUGGAUGCAUUUAGAAGACAUUGUGGCGAACCUGUUUGCUCAAAUUCUCGCAGUGGUGGAUGCUAACAACAACCUGGAUCAUCUCUCUCCACUGUCUCCACUCUCAGAACUGUGGCUUCAGAUGUUCAAAGAAGAAUCAUUCUUGAGAAUUAAAUAUACCAGCAAGAAACAAGAUACUAAGAUUUCCGUGUUGUCAAUGACUGAAGACCCCAACACAACUGUGUUUUGCCAGUUUCCAUUCAGUUGGGUUUUGAAGGCCUACCUGGAGGAACUAUGGGACAUAGUCUAUAAAACAAAAGGACUUCCAAAAGUGCCUAUGAAGGAAUCAGCCAAAUUGUUCCAAGAACAGAUCAAAAAUGUGUUGAUGCCAGACGGCAGUAGUCCAGAGGUGAUGCAGUAUUACACCAAUGACUUUCUAAGGAUGACUUUUCCUGGGCAAGAUCUUUCUGUCUAUGAGAUUUUGUCAAAAGCUCUUCUAGUCAAUGCAAAACAGCUCUGCUCCUUUGUGGGGCAGGAAGAUAUAAGCUUUUCCCCCAUUUGGCUUCACAUGGAAUAUUUCUACCUACGAGAGGAGUACCAGCUCUUUGUUGACUUGGUAAAAAGUGAUGAGACUGUAACAAGUGAGCUGAAGGAAAUGUACAAGAAGGACCUGCCAGAAAUGUUUGUCACUCUUGACACCUUGAACAUUAUCCUGAAGAAAGUGCAGCCCACAGAUAAGCUUCUGUCAUUUGAGGGCUGUACAGAAUGGCUUGGAAGGGUCAGGUCCAUUAAGCCCUGGAUGGAGUGGAUCAGUAUGGACAAUUACCAGAUUCAUCUUUAUCAGAAAAAAAGGGAACUCCUGAAGAGUGUGUCACACCAGUGGACCUGCACCAAGAUUGUCUACAUGUUCUUUGACCACCUGCUGCACAAUGAGACAGAAAUAGAUGAGAAGCUUCUGAGACUUCUUGUGAAGCAGUUCAUCUUCACCUGGAAUCGCCUGACUGAAACACAAAAUUUUGAUCCAGCAGAAGCUUUUGAGUUGGUGACAAAAGUGCUCAAGAAAUGCAACCAAAAUGCUGACACUGUGUACCUUGUGAAGGGUGUGAAGGACUGCAAGAGCUGUCUACUGGAGAUCACUGACCCAGCAGAACUACCCUGUGGCCACAUUUUCUGCUCACAGUGCAUCCGUGAGUGGAGAAGCAAGCAGUGUAAGAUCUGCAAGGAUAACUUCCCGGAGGAUUACACACCCACAGCUACAGUGGCCACGAGGGAAGCUGUUGCACGUCACAACAAAUUCAGGAGGAAAUGUAACUCCUUCUUUGUGGAGUUUGUUGCCACCUCUGUCUUGGGAGAGAGAGGCACACCAUCCCCAGAAGUCAUCACUCGACUGAUCCAAUUUGUGGCCUGCAAGCCAUCCAGCUCUGAGCACCAGGCAGUAAAAAGGGUGUGCAAGUCAAAAAGUGAGCUGUCACCCUUUGAAGAGUGCAUGGACACCAGUCCAACAUGCAAGUCCUCCCUCUUGAAACUGCUCCUGCGAUAUGGGUUCAACAACAUAAAAGUUCACCUGGAAAAAUAUCUUUCUGAGAUGGAGGAAAAGAUAAUCUUCCACAAAAGGAACUGGAACCAUUUCUACUUCAUGGUGGUGCAUUGCCUGGAGGAUUUUAUGUACCCUUCUUCUCAAGAUGAUGUCAACCAACUUGUUGAAAGCUGCCUCUCUACUGCAGACCUUUCUGCUUUCUGCUCAUGCAAGGCCUCAAAAAUUGACACCCUCCAGUUCAUAGCUCGUCUCCGGUUCUCCAUCAGCCAUGUGGCCACUGUGCUUGGCAGACAGGCACUCUGUGAUCCAAACAUACCAUCUCCUGGUGGGAACAAGCAAGAGGAGCAAGACCUGGUGAAUGCAAUGAAGAAGCUGGUGGCAAAAGCACAGACACCAUGGCCUCAAAUAUUUCUCAUUAGAAAUCUCUGUAACAACUAUGGGUUCAUCCAAAUGCAGAAGAUCCUUCAGACAGAAAAAUGGAUUUUACCCAGAGGGCUUCAAAUUUCACAGGAUAUAGGUGCCUGGUCAAAUAUAACACUGAUGUUUUCAGUGCUGGACAGAGCAGAAAAUCAAAUAAAAAACAAAGAUCCCCAGGAAGUCCAGAGACUGAUGCCUAUCAUAAAACAAAUGGAAAACAUUCUCCAAACACCGUUGCUUCCAGAAGAGCCUCUGGAAAGCAAGAUGAAGAAGAUCGUGGAUGCUUUGUGCAGACACAAAAACAAGGUCUUGAUGGAGGUGUUGUUUCACGCAGCAUUUACGCUGGCCCUAUCCCAAAGUCCCCUCACUCAACUUUUCAGAAAUAUCUGCUUUAAGCCUCAUAUGAUGAAGGGGUCCUACCUCCCCACCAUGCCUGAAGACCUGCUUUUUGAUCAGAAGAACUGGAAAAUUGGUCAAUACGAUACCCCUUGGACUUGUCAGUGUGGAUCAUGCUGGAUCAUCACCGAUUGUGGGCGUCCUGGGGAAGUCAGACAAUGCCUAUGUGGUGCCAAAGUUGGAGGAAUUAAUCACAAACCUGAGAGAGGUUUUGUGAGGAAGGAAAUCAAAGAGGAUAAAACAGUAAAAGGAUACAUCCUUGGGAGCCCUUCAACACGGAGGAUUGAAUUGGAGAGGGACCUGUCACCUGCCUCUGUCUGUCUUGCAAGAGUUCUGCUGCAUUCAUCCAUGAUGCUGGGGCUCUAUACAGAUAAACAGGCAAUUCUGAGUCUGAUGACAGAGAAACCAAAGGAUGUGGCAAAAUUCUUCUGGGACCACCUGGAAAAAGAUAUUGAAUGCCUGGCAGAGGCACUUAGCAGGAACACAGAGGAUGCAACAGUGACUGUCCAUCUAUUUCUCCAGCACCUGAACAACAGUACAACAGGACAAAACAUGGUCUUGAAUAAUUUGCUUAGGCAAGAAGACCGAAGGCAGUGGGAAACCUGCUUUAAAACCCUGACUCGGCCAUUCUUCCAGGCCUUGGAGCAGAGUCUUACUUCUGUCAAGCAGCAGAGGAUGAGAGAUUCUCAGGGCUCCAACCUGCUCCUACAAAUAGCUUAUGGCCAGAUGACUCCUUUUAAAGACCAGCCAAACCUUGGAUUGAUUGGCCUGUCCAACAUGUGGAAAUUUGAACAGAAGAUGUCCAUCCAGACCCUGAUGCAUCUCCUUCAGCAAGAACACAGAGAAGGCGAAGGAAACCGCUACCCUGUUCUUCUGGAGCUCGCAUCUAAGGUGCAAAACAUCCAGCAUGUCCAACAUCUGCCUGACAUUUUCAGUCUGCAGAAAGCUCUGAUCCACUUCUUUGAGAACAGCCAUAAUGGGAAAAGAUACUCAGUACAACAAUUUCUAGACCAACUUGAACCUUCAGAGGACCAGCGCUCAGCUUUCGGCCGAGCUAUAGGGACCAUUCAGAAAGUCUGGAGCAAUAUCAGAAUGAAACCACUGUGCUCAGAUGUCAGAGUCCCCCCAGAUGUGUUGCCAGAGGACAUCGAUGCCAACACUGAUGUCCAGAAACUCCUCCCAACUCCACUUUCUAUCGGUUACCUUGUGACGAGGCUCCUCAUACAGCACCAGAACACUUGUGUGGACACAGCUACUCAGAUCACAAAGGAAAAGCAACGGUUCAUCUCUGCAGAAGAAGUGAAACCAUCCUCAGUGCUGAAGAUAACUGAGCAUGAUCUGAUCACGGCAAUGCUGGCCAACUCCCAGUAUAUAGUAGAGGAAGAUGGCACCGAGACAACCCACUUUGACUUCCAGACACUGCAGCAGCAAGUGAUCCAACGUUUUAUCAGUGGGAAACCUGUCAUCAAAGCUCAGACGGCUCCCUGCUUUGCACUGAACAGAAUGAAGACGCUGCAGUACACAAAAACAAAAGUGAGAGAACAGGUGCAACAGGAAUCAUUAAGUGUGAACCAGCUGAAACGGAUCAUGGAAGAAUCCCGAUCAGUGAAUGCUAUUUCUCAAACACUUGCCACCUUGAAAGUGGCUGCCGAGUUCCUGGCUGUGACCGGUGGGGACCCAGAGCGCCAGUUGUCUGAGUAUGUAAAAAAUGAGCUGAAGAUGGAUGCAAGCGUAGAACAGUUCAGAGACAUGCCGGUGGUACCACACACUCAGCUGAAGCAUAUCCUGUCUCUGUGGCAGACAUUGUCAGCAAAGAGAUCUGUGCUGCUGAUGCAGAUGAAUCAGAAUCCCUUCUGCCUGGUUUCUGAGCAGUACCACGAGGAGCUGAGUGCAGAGAAAGAGAAGGCUCUGACUACUGCACUCACCACAGUUAACCUGGAUUUGUUCCUCAUUGAGCUCCAUGAGAUGAUCACUGUGCCACUGGGUUCCUUUGAUCCACAGUGGGGGCUACAGGAAACUUUCAUAUCCUUCCUGGAAGACAGGCAAGAUGAUGCCUCCAUUGCAAAUCUGACAAGCACUUUGAGUCCAGACCUACUACUGAAGGAUGUUGUUUCCGUCUGGAAGACAGCUGUGAGGACCAGCAUAUUUCACAGUCCUACUUACAUCUAGGAGAGACCAGCCUAUCUCUUGCUAAAUCCCCCAGGAAUUAACUCCCCUGCAGCUUCUCAAACCAGUUGUCAGUGCUCUGAGUGCCUUAAUUGUCCUGACCAAACUCACCCAGGAUUUCCACCCAGGUACCCACUGCCCAGUGGUCCAGGAGUUCCACUUAAGCUCAGCCCUGGGCCUUCUAUCCUUGCCUGAGCUAUGUUGUAGGUGCAUUGGUGUCCAGCCCUGUGCCAUUAUUGGCUCACUAGUCUUCCUGCAUGAAUAUUGGACCCAUCUCAUCACCUCACCUUUUUUUAUGAUCACUGAGCAGUCAAUAGAAUCUGGCUCUGCCCAGAUUCUGUGGGACUGUGCCUGGUCAGUGGGGACACUGUCCUGCCUCUGCUGGGGCCACCCUCUGCUCCCAGCUGAUUUUCCUGUGUGGAACAACCCUAUGCCUGCUGCUCCCUGGCGAAAAUUUCCCCAACAACCAUGCAGUUUGUUGCCAAUUUAUUGCAUCUAACUUUUGAAGCAGGUUACCAAAAAACAAUCAGUUGGAAAGGGGGAGGGAAAGGGAACCUCAUUUUAAUGCUUAGUAUUGUAUUUGUGCUUUUUCCUAAUAGCUGUGAUAGCAUACUCAAGGCAGCAAAGCAAUAUAAGCAAAAAUACACUUAGAAAUAAAAGCAAAAGCAAAAAACUUACAGUGGCUGCAGCACUGCAUCACGGAUCAUCAAUGAUACUUCCACAAUAUCCACUUCACAGCUGCAGUGAAGACCCAUAUUAUACUCAUAUCUGGAGACUCUGCACCUUGAGAGAGAUUGUAAGUCACCACUUCAUCUUGCCCAGAUCAG